AUGUCUAUGCAAAUUUUUUUAGUUUGGCGCUCGUGUCGUACUUUUCGCCGCCGCAUCUCCUCCGUCGCCGGCGAUUUCUCCUCCGCCGAUCACCGCCGCCGCCGCCGCCCUGCCGCCGCCGCUGCCGCGGAGGCUGAGGUUUCCCAUUGCUCAAUCCGGGACCUAUUAGAUACUCUUUGUGGGUUUCUGGCUCAAAAUUAUUUAUUCCCUCCCCCCCCCCACCCAAUCUCCACACCAGGGGACUGCCAAUCAGAAGCAGAACACAAAUAUACAGUGGCUCCUAAGGUUGAGACACCUCCUAAGAUUUUGUACACUGCCUCGCAAUUCAAAAGAUGGGGUCGGAAAUACCCCUUUGUCCGCUACGGUCUUCCACUCAUUUCUCUCACAGUGCUAGGAUCUGUUGGCCUUGCUCAUCUUAUACAAGGCAGCAAAGAAGUGACAAAGGAGAAGGAUGAUCUAGAAUGGGAGAUUAUCGAGACAACAAAAGCACUCACCAGAACUGGACCUGUGGAGGGCUAUAAGCCAAAGAAUCUCUCCCUGGAGGAGGAGCUCAAAGCUCUACAGGAAAAGGUUGACAUUAACAAGUACGAAUACAAGAAGAUCCCGAGACCAAAAUGACGAAAAAUUCGAGCAUAAACUAAUAAGUGUUUCUUCUUGAGUUCCUUUUUUUUGGUUUUCUUUUUCUCGGCCAUAAUGGAUUGGUACUAGUUUUAUGUUUCCCUUUGUCUUGGCUCUUGUGAAAUAUGAAUCUCCUGGUAAUUACCAAAUGCGGUUUCUAUAUACUUUUGAUGAUUGCUUUA